GAAGAAAGAGGGGAGAGAGAAAAAAAAGAAAAAAAGAGGGAGAAUGAGACGUUUUUGAGGGAGACGGGAGGGGCGUUGUUUGCGGGUAGGAAGAAGGGAAGACGAAGAAGGAGGGAGCAGAGGAGGCGAGGGGUUUCGAGCCAGGAGGCAGGGAAGAAAGAGAACGCAUGCUUUCUUCCUUUGCUGUCUAGUUGGUUACUAUUUUGACACUCCCCACCACCAAAGUCUUCAGUAAUAUGUGAGGAACUGCAAUUAUAACACUUCAUAGUAGGUGCCAUCCUGUGGCCAAGGCAAGGACAGUGUUUGUCACAAAAUAAUCAAACAUGCAGAACAUGAUGGACAAAGAUUCUGACCGAAGUUCACAUCAGUCAACUUCUCCAUGCUUGCCUUCGUGGUGGAAUUCACCUGGAACACAGGUUCCUCAUCAUUCUCUUUGCAGGGCAUUGAACUUGAACAUUGAAUCUCCAACACAGCAGUAUGGUCAUGUUAAACAACCUGGAGUUCAGUUACAAGAUCAGGACUCCUCCUCCAGUCAGUCAACUGGGCAAUCACAUCAAGAUAUUCAAGGAUAUGAUGAUACAUAUGGAAAGGGACCUCAAAGUGGUAUUAAGUCGGCAUUAUCGCUAGGUACUCCAGGCUAUAGCUUUCCACUAAUGCCAUCAGACAAUAGUUAUUUGCAUCCUUUUGUUGCCUGUGCACCUGUCGAGUCGUACUUUGGGGGUGCUGUUCCUGCUUUUGGUCCUCCUAUGGAGGUCCAUCCUUACAUGUUUGGGAUGUCGCAUACUCGAAUGCCACUUCCUCUUGAUGUCACAGAGGAUAGGCCAGUUUAUGUCAAUGCAAAGCAGUAUCGGGGAAUCCUUAGGCGGAGAUUAUCCAGGGCUAAGUUGGAAUCUCAAAAUAAGUUGAUCAAAGGCAGGAAGCCAUACCUCCAUGAGUCACGGCAUCUUCAUGCGUUGAAACGAGCUAGGGGAUCUGGAGGGCGCUUCCUUAACACAAAGAAACUUGAGCAACCUGGGGUUGCUGGUAAUGCCCAGAAAGUUUUGGAAGGAGCUGCAUUGCAGCUUGGAAGCCUAUCUGAUUCUGAAGUUGUGCAGUCAGAAACUGGUCUUGCUAGUUCAGGAAAUAGUGCUUCAGGAACAUCAAAUUCGGAAGUCACAAGCGUCGCUCUCCAUGAAAACCUUUUUCGAUCAGAUUUCCUGUUCCCUGAUUUUCGUUCUCAAACAAAUAGGAGCAUGCAAGUUAAUCGAAUUUUUCAUGGUGGAUCGAUGAAUAAUCGACUUCCUAUCACCUGAUGAAGCAGAGAGGGAACUAUGAGCAGUUGGUGAUGUUUGGCCCUUGGCCAGCAGCCAACUGCAUAGCAACAUGUGCCCUCACCCUGCUGUUGUCAGGUAUUAGGCAAUUCAUCCUUGGCUGUUACUUAAUGUACCUGUUCUUUUGUGGUGCUCAUCAACAGCAUAGGCAAAAGACAGCUUGCUGUUAAAGUUGGAAAUGUGGUGUGGAAUGACUACUGAUGGUGAAACAAACAACUUGAUCUUUUGUGUGCUAUGAACCGUAUGGCCUUUCCUACUUUCACCAUGUAAUGGGUUUGUUUUUCCUUUUUGAAUGUUUGGAAGUGCUUCUUCCUCCAGUUUU